AUGGAAGAGCCCGCUCAAAUCCGUACCAUCUUCGGAGGUUCGUCUGGUGGAGGAGAUUCGAAUAGGGCACGGAAAGCCCAUUCCCGGAAGCCUAACCUGGAACAUUACGUCCAUUUAACCGAGCGACCCAGUAAGGAACUCCGCGUCAACCCGUGCACUCUGACCUUCACAGAAGAAGACGCACACGGAAUCCACCAUCCACAUGAUGAUGCCCUAGUGGUUACUAUGACCAUAGCGAACCGUAAAGUAUACCGCAUCUUGGUUGACACCGAGAGCUCAGCCGAUGUGAUGUAUUCCGAAGCCUUUGAAAGAAUGAGGAUUCCGAGGUCUCAUCUCAGGCCUGUGAAGACCCCACUGCAUGGCUUUGCCAGGGAAAGAGUGAUCUCCGAAGGAGCCAUCUCCUUCCCGGUGACUGCCGGAGAAGGACAACAUCAAAUCACACUCAUGGUGGACUUCCUAGUUGUUAAUGUACCAUCAGUACACAACGUCAUUCUAGGCAGACCUUCUCUCAAUGCGAUGAGAGCAGCUGUCUCCACGUAUCAUCCAAUGAUGAAAUUCCCCACCAAGGACGGAAUAGGCCAUCUCCGAGACGAUCAGCGGGAAGCUCGGAGACGUUAUGCAAUGGCAGUAAAGAAAGGUUCAAUUAAGCAAUCACUCACCAUCAACAUACUGGACCCCAGAGGGCUUGUGGAAGGCUCGUCCGUGGAAGACCUAGAGAAGCCUUCUUAUGACAACACAGGGAUGUCUUCGCAUGGUCCCACCAAGAUGUCCAAAAUUUCUCCGGAUGUCAUAGCGCACAGGCUGAACGUGGAUCCAGAUCACAGACCUGUCAAGCAGAAGAGAAGGUCGUUUGACGCCGAACGAUAUGAAGCAAUAGCUAACGAGGUCUCUGUUCUGCUUGACGUCGGAUUCAUAGAAGAGUACAUUAUCUUGACUGGAUUACGAAUGUGGUCCUUGUGA